UGUCUUGAAACAAGUUAAUCAGGUUAUUCAAUUCUUUAAAAAGUCACACAAAGCAUGUCGAUUUCUUUAUGAUAUUAUCAAUAAUAUGAAAUUAGAUGAUGAGGCAAUAAAUAAUCUAGAAGCUCGUACAGCAAAUCUUGCAGAUUGUUUUAUCAAUAUUGUAAAGUUAGCAGCAGCUAUUAACAGAAUCCUUAUGAAUAAUAAUAUUUGUGAACCAGCCAUAGCUAUAUUUAACAAAUGUUAUGCAGAAUUUGAUAUUGAACCAUAUUUACUUGCAUAUUUUUUGCACUCAGAUUAUAGAGAAAAUAAUGAAAUUUUUGAAUUAAAUGAUAUUUUAGAAUCUUUUCAAUUUUUAAAUUACGAUAAUCUUGAAAUUAAAUCGAUAGUUAAUUUAUCAAAUACAAAUUUUGAUGAACAAGAUAAUGUUAAAGAAAUAUCUCAUACAGUCAUAACUCAGGGAAGUGGUAAUAUGGAUUUUGAACCUUCAACUAUCGUAGAAAGUGAAUUCCGGUCUGCAAAUUUGUUGUAG